CUUCAGACGGUACAACAAAACAUAUAGAACUUUUGACUGCUUUUGACAGUACUGGUACGAUUGCACGAGUUGAUUGAUCAUAAAUUUUCGGUGCAGAAUAAGUGUUGUUCCUACGUGCGGAUUGGAGUAAAAUAAACGUACGAAUAAUGGCAGCUACCAGAAAUUUGGAGAAACAAAUUGCAGAUUUACAAAUAAACAAUCCAUCUGAUAGCUCCAACAAUGAGAUGAAAAUUGGAAAGAAAAUCGGUCCUGCUGUACCCCCAAAACCAAAAAAAUCUCAGCCUGAAGUACCACAAAGUUAUACGAUAAAGGCUCCGUCCCUUCCAUCAUACAGUACUUUGUUGGACAAUAGUGGGACAAAUAAAACGCCUAUUAAUCUUUAUACAAAUUCGCCGAGUCCGUAUGUACCAUCAGGGGGUUCAUUGAAAAAUGAAAACCCUCAUUCGUCGAACGUACCCCUCAAAAAUGGCUGUGAAAAUUCAAAAUUUUAUAACAGCAAUGAAACAUUUUACACGAAUGAGCCUCACGAUGGAUUCGCGAUGAAGUACGAUUAUGACGAUAAGCAUUUUUAUUCCAACAUUCAACAGAAACAAAUGGGAAACAUUCCGUCGUUACAAGAUUUGCAUGAUCAAAGGUCCAAGAGACCUAUAAACAAUGCUGUUUAUAGUAAUGUUGAACCCACGCCUCCCAUUCUUCAGCCUGCUCUUGUCAACAAUGGCAAAGAUUUGAUUUACAGUAAUAUUCAGUGGAAUCGCAAAUCUGAAAAUACUUAUAGCAACAUUCCUGCUACCGAUAACAACGAAGACUUGCCACCGCCACCAGAGCCAGCAGAAUAUACAGUUGGCGUAACUGGCAAUACCUUCCCACCCCCUCCUGAAGAACUGCCACCACCUCCUAGUCCAGUAUCAUCCAGUUACAGCGAACUCAGACGUGCGACUUAUCAAUCGGAUGAUCUAUCAAAAAGUUAUCCGAGUGAUAUUUAUGGGCCUGACUCACAGUCGAGCUCGACGUACGAAUCGAUAUACGAGCCUAUUAAUCCACGACCAUCGUCACAGCUGUCAUGCAAUUAUUCCAUAUACUCUGGUUAUGGUUCGGCUACAUCGACUCAACCGCAGAGCAAAAUUUCACCCGUCAAGGAGGUCGAUGCACUGACUGACCUCUUGGUCCAAGGAAUGGAAGAUGCUCAAGAAGAAAGUGAUAUAUAUGGCAUUUGUGCACAUUGCGACGAGAAAGUGGAGGGGGAGGGAAAUGGAUGUUCAGCUAUGGAUAAAGUUUUCCACAUCAAAUGUUUCUGUUGCUUCGUAUGCAAAGUUAAUUUGCAAGGAAAAUCGUUUUAUUCACUCGAGGCGAAGCCAUACUGCGAGGAAGACUAUCUGAACACCCUGGAAAAAUGUUCCGUUUGUGCUCGACCGAUUCUUGACAGGAUAUUACGAGCCACUGGCAAACCAUAUCACCCAUCAUGCUUCACUUGCGUUUUAUGUGGACAAAGUCUUGAUGGUAUUCCGUUUACAGUCGACGCGACCAACCAGAUACAUUGCAUCCAGUGCUUCAACAAGAAAUUUGCACCGCGUUGCUGUGUUUGCAAGCUACCCAUCAUGCCAGAACCAGGACAGGAUGAAACAGUUCGAGUUGUGGCUUUGGACAGAAGUUUCCACACUCACUGUUACAAAUGCGAAGAUUGCGGCCUCGUUUUGUCCUCGGACUCUGAAGGACAUCGCUGCUACCCCUUAGACGAUCAUGUUCUAUGUAAAAGCUGCAAUGCUACUAGAGUCCAAACUCUAACGUCACACAUGACUACAGAACUGUAAGGUGUCUGCUGUUGGUUCGUGCAUUUUCAAUUUCAUGAGAUAGAUAUUACAACAAGAAAGAUACAGUCGGUGUUCUCUCCAGAAGACAUAUAAAAAUGCAAAGAGAUAAAGUUUAUAAGGGAAACUCAAAUUAGAACGCUGGAAUAGUUCGAUUUUUGCGAUGUCGUCGUAUACUAUCGAAAUCUUAUAAUUCGAGACAUAUAUUCGAUAGUGAUAUAUUGGCAGCAGAUUUCAGAAAAUACAGAAUAUCCCAAGAAAAGGUUAAUUUUGAGAUUCAAGAGUCUUCAAAAAAUAUAAAUAGUGAUGGAGAAUACUUUCGUUAUCAAAGAUUAAUUUCUCUGAUAGUCUAGACUUUUUUUUCCAAGAACCGAUGAUUUGGCUCAUUGCAGUUGUUAUAAAAAAUCGCAGAAAUUACAUUUUCUAGUAUUUCAAUUCACUUUAUCAUUUUAAGGCCAUAUGGAACCUCGACCACAAGCCGCCAUACGUUUAAAAGACUUCCGUAUUAUCUAGUUUUUUUUUCUAGACCAUAGAUCGUUGGGAAAAAUAUAAAAAUCCACGAUUGGCUGUGUUGAAAAAACGAAUAAGGAGGUUUCAAUUAUUUGCUUGCGACGUAAUCCGUGUAGGAGAUACUCAUAUACAGAACUUUUUACUGACUGAACGCGUUUUCCAUUGAUUCAAUGUUUUAUAACAAUUUUUACACUUAUUCGGGACACGAAUGAGCAUAGCACGUAUUUUUUCGGAACUUACGUUUCCGAUUUCCUAAUAUCGAUGUCAAUAAUUCAAGCGUUAUAGUUUUAUUUUUAAUAAAGAUAAGUUAACGGGACUCAAAUUGCAAAGAAAAUCAUGUGUUUAAGGUAGAGUAUUGGUAAUCGGGCGACUGCAAAAUUUUUAAAGCAUUCCAACUACUUCAUGCUCCAUUUUGGUUGCGGGGAUUGAAGAUACGUGUUCAAGUUAAAUAGCAACCAACUCUAAAAGAGAAAACUGCCAAUAAGAUUUCAUGUCCGACAUCGACAUUAUUAUUAUACGCUAAUGAGGAAAUUCCCAUAAUGUUCCCGUGUAACUGUAUUUGUAUUCUACGAUCGUUGAGACAUGAGUGAUGUAGUGAAUAGGUAAUCGGAUAUCGACCUAGUAAAUUUGGGAUACUAUUGUUUUUCAUCAAACAAUACGGAAUAGUUUAUCUCGACUUUGCUUCAAUCCAAAUUAUUACAAUAUUAAGCAAUGUUAUUCGCAUAUAAGAUGUCUGUAUUAUUGAAUGCUUCAAUAAAAUCUUCGGUCUGAAUGAUUCUUCGGCCGAUAGAGUAAAA